AUGUCGAAAGACGAAGACGGUAGAAACGAUCCCAGAAAGAGUUACAUCCUCCGAGUUGCGUCACACAUUGCUGCGCUGAAUUUGGUCGAAGAUAAACUCAGCAACGUUCGAGCAUUACACAAAUUCUGUGACAGUGCAACACCAUUACUUGUUUUCAAUCGUUAUCAACAGAAAAGCAAUGUUGUGCUGAGUAAUGAGUUAAAGGAAGAUAAUCCAAUAAGUCAGCGAAUAAUCUUCUAUAAGUUGAACUCAGUUCCGUUGACAGACGAUAACUACAAGAGGAUUGUUGGUGUUUUAACGAGUCAAGCACAACUCAAUCAAACACUUCUUGCGUCCUUACAACAAGUGUUCAGUAAAUCUCUAUUGAAGACAUCAGCAAACCGUUCACCAUCUGUACAAGCUAACACCCAGUUGAUCAGUCUUGUCAAGGAACUCGAGCACACUCUCAGCGUAACAAACGAUAUCGAUAAGCAGAACAGCGACGGUCUCUAUUCAUUGCGCGAAGAAAUUCGAUAUUGGAGGAAAAGAAGCGAGGAGAAAAGUAACGAUGACACAGCAGUGCAGUAUUAUGAGGCAUUUGAAUCACUUGCUGAUAAGAUUGAUGUGAUGAGAGAGAAAUCUCUGGAAGAGCUGAGUGAGUUCAUUCAGGAUGCGGAAGAUUGCAUCUAUAAUCUGUGGCACUGUGUGGAACCAUACCCGGAAAAUCGCAUGAAACAGCUGAUCCAUAGACUCGGAAACGCUCUGGUGGAUGCAAUAACUGAUAAAAUCGACGCUACAAAUUUAUGGAGAGAUGAAAAGACAGUCGAACUAAUCCAAAUAGGCAUCUCGCUAUGUGAUGAAUGGAAUUUUACGGUGAAACGCUUAACGCAGCAAUCAAGCAGGGAAGGUGAAUGGAAAGAGGAGAGUAAUUCGAUGGAUUUCGUGGAUGGUUUCAGAGGAAGACUCAAUCAGCUUCUCUCGUUAAAAAUGCUGAGUGUUCAAAUUGGUCAGUUGUUGAAUGAAAAGAAUGCACAAAAAGAAACUGAAGAAAUAUUGGAGAAUGUGAUGAAGGACUUCAACCCACUUCUCUACAAUCCAUUCACAGAACCACAGUGGAAAUCUAAAUUGCAGGUGAUCGAGAGAAAUAUCGAAGCAACUAUUCAAAAAGUCAUACCAGUGCUAAGAAAACGAUUUCAACCAACCGAGGUUAAAAGCAAUUUGGUGGUCUAUGAUUUGGUCAAAUACAAGCAUUUUUUGAAUCGACCACAGAUCAAGGAACGUCUUAUUGCCGAAAGGUUUGCAUAUGUUUGUAGAGAAACACUGCUAAGUCGUUUAACUGAUUCUGUAUCGUCAAAAAAACGUGAAUUUGAUGAGCGUUUGAACGGUGGUGAUGUACCGACAGGUCGUUAUCUAACUGAAGUCGCUGCAAAAAUUAUUUGGAUUCGGCAACAAAUUACUGAGGUUAAAAAGUCUAUCAUUAUUCGAACAGAACACUUCAAUGUCACACCACAGGUCCUGACUUUGAAUCGUGCGUUAGGCCACAAAACGGUGGAGAAUGCCAAAACGUUAUCAGAAGAAUUGCUCAGUGAAUUGAACAACUACCGCCAGCUGAAGAGCAUCAUUGAGGGUAGCCUGGAAGAGAUGAGAGCAACGCAAAGCGAUUUGUUCGAUUCGUGGUGUCGAGAGAUUAGUGAAGCGAUCGACAGUCACUCAGAUGCAGUGUCACUCGAAACGAGCGGUAAAGUGAUGAGUAUCGAACAGAGACACGGUACACUGAAUGUGAACUACAGCGACCGUUUGGUGAGACUGCUCAAAGAGGUUCGACAGCUCACAAGUCUCGGCUUCAACGUACCAUCGAAAAUUAUCAAAUGUGCGAAUCUCGGCGAGAAAUUCUACAAAUCAGCUAUCGUUCUUAAGCAAGUAGCGCAUUUCUACAAUACUAUCGAACAACAAAUGUUACCGUGUCAACAAGCGAUGAUGCUCGAUGAGGCUUUAGCUUUCGAAAAGUUAGUUAUUGCUGAGAAGGGCAGCGAUGCACCAAUUGCGAAUCUCACUUGGAAUGAUCCAAAACAACUUGACAAUUUCAUCGGUAAACUGCAACAGGCGGCCGAGCGACUUUCUGUUCGAAAUCGGUUAUGUGAUAUUAUUGUUAAUUGA